GAGGCGGGGGGCGGCGGCUGCGGCAGAGGGGCCGAGAGCUGGCGGCGGCGGCGGCGGCGGUGGUCGUGAAGGGCAUCGGCGGCGGCGGUGAUGGCAGAGAUGAUCUGAAGAUGGAAAGAGCCAGGCGAAGGGGAGGAGGAGGCGGCGGCGGCCGCGGCCGCGGAGGCAAGAAUGUGGGGGGCUCUGGCCUAAGCAAGAGUAGACUCUAUCCCCAGGCCCAGCACUCCCACUACCCCCACUACGCGCCUUCAGCCACCCCUAAUCAGGCCGGGGGCACAGCGGAAAUCCAGGAGCUGGCCUCCAAACGAGUGGACAUCCAGAAAAAGAGGUUUUACCUGGACGUGAAGCAAAGCUCCCGGGGUCGGUUCCUAAAGAUAGCCGAAGUCUGGAUAGGGAGAGGCCGGCAGGACAACAUCAGAAAGAGUAAACUGACCCUCUCCCUGUCGGUGGCAGCGGAGCUGAAGGACUGUCUAGGGGACUUCAUUGAGCACUACGCCCACCUGGGCCUAAAAGGCCACCGGCAAGAGCACGGCCACAGCAAAGAGCAGAGCUCCAGGAGGAGACAGAAGCACUCCGCACCCUCCCCGCCAGUCUCCGUGGGGUCCGAAGAGCAUCCUCACAGUGUCCUCAAAACAGACUAUAUAGAGAGGGAUAAUAGGAAAUAUUACCUAGACCUAAAGGAAAAUCAACGGGGUCGCUUCCUAAGGAUUAGACAAACCAUGAUGCGGGGGACUGGCAUGAUAGGUUAUUUUGGCCACAGUUUGGGCCAAGAACAGACAAUUGUCCUCCCAGCACAAGGAAUGAUUGAGUUUCGUGAUGCCUUGGUUCAGCUGAUCGAAGACUAUGGCGAAGGGGACAUAGAAGAACGUAGAGGUGGAGAUGAUGACCCGCCUGAACUCCCAGAGGGGACUUCAUUCAGAGUGGACAAUAAAAGGUUCUACUUUGAUGUGGGCUCUAAUAAAUAUGGAAUUUUCCUGAAGGUAAGUGAGGUGAGGCCACCUUACCGUAAUACUAUUACUGUUCCAUUCAAAGCUUGGACAAGGUUUGGGGAGAAUUUUAUCAAGUAUGAAGAAGAGAUGAGGAAAAUUUGCAACAGCCAUAAAGAAAAGAGAAUGGAUGUCAGAAGGGCCAGUGGUGAAGAACAAGAAUGCCUCGACUAGAGUGAAAUUGAACUCCAUCAGGCAAAAUUUAAAAUCAUAAAUUGGCUAAAAGUACUGAUCCAUAAUCAUUUGAAGAAGUUUUUCCUCUUUUUUGGCCCUUUGUUAUUAGUAAUACCUCUAGUAGUCUAUACUUCAAGAAGUCUUAUUCUCAUGUUAUGUUACACAUAGAUCACUAUAAUUCUUAUGGGAAUUCCAGACUUCCCAGAGCUAAAUAGUUUAGCUGCUUCAACUGCUCCAGACUAUUGAAGUAUACAAAUCAGCACAAAAUGUGACAUUCUGACAUUCUGAAUACCAUAACUAAGAUUUACAUUGCACUAUGACAUGAUC